AUUCCUAAUUCUCUCAAUGUUGCGAUCGAUUUGUUUCACAUUUUAGCAGCAUAUCUGAUUUUAAUAAGGACGUGACCACAUCACAUUAAUACCAGCACUGAGCAAAAGUGCAUCCACAAUAUCAUUAUCCCUUCUAUCAACACGGAUGUCCAGCUUCAAGGAGAGGAUAUGUAUCAGGGCAUAAUGACCACCAACCACGGACCCCCUUCUUAUGAAGCCGGAUUUCUACACAACGCCUCGGCAGGCACCUCCCCGGUUUAUGUGCCCACCACCAGGGUCGUCACCCCCAUGAUCCCGGCGCUUCCUUACCUGCAGACGCCCGGUGCGUCGCAGCAGAGCGGCCCCGUGUCGAGCCACUCUGCCUGGGCACAACCGUGCGCAGACUCGGUGUCCUCGUACAACCACUCCCCGGUGUCUCACUCUCCGCGCUUCGCCUUCUCCACCAGCCCGCCUAUGUCCUCCGGGGUGGCCACGGCCCGGGACACAGCUGUCUCUUACGGCAGCCCCCUAAACAUCUCUGCCAACGGGAGGGAGCACUAUGGCGCCCGGGGUCUCAGCGGGUCGUAUCACAGCCCGUACCCGGCUUACAUGAGCCCGAACGUGGGUGGAACGUGGCCGGCGUCCCCCUUUGAUAGCUCGGUCAUCCACGGUCUCCAAACCGGCGCUCCUCAUUGCACAACACGGCACCCAAACAUAGACCUGUUUGAUGACUUUGCUGAGGGGCGAGAGUGUGUGAACUGCGGGGCGAUGUCGACCCCCCUCUGGAGGCGGGAUGGUACCGGCCACUACCUGUGCAAUGCAUGCGGACUGUACCAUAAGAUGAACGGCAUCAACAGACCUCUCAUCAAACCUCAAAGACGGCUGUCUGCCUCGAGGAGGGUGGGCCUGUCCUGCACCAACUGUCACACCACCACCACCACACUGUGGCGACGAAACGCAGAGGGAGAGCCGGUCUGCAACGCCUGUGGCCUCUACAUGAAACUCCAUGGGGUAGCAAGACCCCUGGCUAUGAAGAAAGAGGGGAUCCAGACCCGCAAACGCAAACCCAAGAGCCUCAACAAGCCCCAAACUGGGACCCCAGGCAGCGAGGGGUCUCCCAUCACGACCAGCAGCACUCCCCGGGCCUCCAGCACCACUGAGGAGCCUCGGCAGAUAAAGACGGAGCCGGAAACCCACAGCUUGUACUCACACCACGGCUCACACGCACAGAUCUCAGCCCUGCCAGCCUACAUGACAGCUCAAAGUGGGGCCAUUCCUCUCAAGAUGUCCCCUGGGGGCCACGGUGGGUCUUCUGGCUCCAAAGCUGAGCCCUGGAACAACCUAAUCCUGGCCUAGAAGACCCACAACCUGGCACGCAUCUCAAACCAACCUAUCUAUAGCGAUUCAACUCUUCUGAGGGAUCAGAGCGCUCUGUAUGCAGAUGUUUGUGCAGCCGACACACCGCACAAGUCUCUGGGACAAACAUGUGGGCGCCACAAAAGAAAUGGAGAUCUUAAACAGAACUGCUCAGAUACUGUAUGUUUACUCACAGCAAUCGAGGGACUGAUUGGAGUUUUUGUUAAAGAGCAGCGCCGCGAUCAGACACACAAAACUCUUGAACUCUAAGAACUGUAACAUGUACAUGCUUCUCUACCCUCCCAGUGAAGUUGCUUUAAAUGAUAGAUACUGUAACAUAAUCCAAUAACAAAUAACAGUAAUGGCCAGACUUGAUCUCAUCGAGGUAUUUUUAUUUCAAUACUUUCUUUUCAUUUUCAUGUUAUUAUGGACAAUUUGCCUUAAAACGAAGGACAUACACAACAUGUAAAGAAUAACAGAAGGUAGCACCAUGGAGGAGAUGUGUAAUAAAGGGUCAGUUCACAAUAAAAAAAAAAAAAACGAAACUAUACAUUUUUUCUGAAAUGCCACAACAAUACAAUCCAGUUAAAUUAAGAAUACAUUUCAAAACCUCAAAAAUCUCUUCACAGAGCAAACAAUGUUCAGGUUACUUAAUAAUCCUCAUUGAUUACACAGAUUUAAAUGUGAUACCAAUAUUUGUAAUGCACAUGCAUAAUUUCACAGUGCAUUUAAAUCUACAAAGAAAAGCUAUUCUGUAGCAUUAAACCUACUGUAACUUUAAGAGAAUUGCUCAAGAUAUCCAUCACUCCCCACCAGAGAAAGGAUUUGAUUAGGCCAGUGCAAUAGAAGAAGCUCCCUGGUUGCUUCUCGUUUCUCGAUCAGUUGCCUGAACUGUGUGCCUUUUGAUUUAAAGUGUAAAAAACACAUGUCAGUAUUGACACCGCUGUGAAAGAAUACAUGAGAAACUACCUAUUGCUAUGUUGCACGUUCUGAAUAUGGCACAUAGCUCCCUCUGCUGACACAAGAGCAGAUGUGCAUCCGUAAGAAACUAAUACCUGAGGGCCUUAAAAAAAGAAAAUAUCUGGUAGAUAGUAUUUAUUAUUAAAGGCACAACCCCAAACCUAACAAUCAUUUAAUUAUCAUGUGUUAGCUGAAGGUUGUUUGAUUUUGUGACGGCUUAUUGUAUCAAGAAUGUACAGAUUAUUAUAAAUACUCAAUGCUUUAAUUUGCUUGCAUUCUGACAAGCAUGGGGGGGUAACGUGUAAAUGUGGGAUAUCAUCACAUGUAAUUACCAACAAAUAUAUGAGCAUAUAUGUGAAAACUCCACUCCAGUAUAAUUGUAAUACACCAUUUGUGAUAUAUUGUAAGUAAAGACACAAUGAGAGACGGACAUGUGUGCACUAACACUCUGAUGCCCUUCUCUGUGUGCAACUGUAGCUCUACUGAGAAAACUAAUAAAGACCAAGCAUUUUGACA